AUGUUUAGCGGAUUCGGUGGUGGAGGCGUGAAGCGCAAUGCGCCCGCACCCGCACCCGCACCCGAGGCGACUGAACAAGUGCAGAACACAUUGUCACAGCCCAGGAGCAAUGUCAGCGGAAAUGGAGCUGGCGGCUAUUCGUUUGACCCGUCGGGCUUGGAGCGCGCAGCCAAGGCCGCUCGCGAGCUUGAGAGCUCUCGCCACGCCAAGGACGCUUUUAGCCUGGCAAAAGAAACUGAACGCACGAAACAGUUAGAGAAUCAGGCAAAGAUUAAGGAGAAUGAGGCACUCUACAAGCAAUACGAGAUUGUACGCGUGCAGAAGGAGGGUGAGGAACGUCGCAAGACACUAGAGGAAGAAACGCGUCAACACCAGCAGCGUGCACAGUACCAGGACCAGCUUAAGCGCAAACAGUAUGCCGAUCAACUCGCUGCGCAGAAAUACAUGAAGGAGCAGGAGUUAAAAAAGCAGGAGGAGAUCUUAGGACGUCAGGAAGCCUCGCGUCGCAAAACACUUGACUAUGAGGCUGAGCUGCGGCAAAAAACUGAACUAGCCAAAGUUGCAGCCGAAACUGAGGGACGCAUCAAACAAGAGCGUCUAAACCACGAUUUACACCUUGAGGAGGCCCGUGUGCGUGCUAAGGAGUACCGUGAGACAGUACUGGAAAGUAUCAAGCUAGCUGGUAACACUGUUGGCUCGGGUAUCAUGACCUUUGUCGACGACAAAGAAAAGCUCACGGCAACUGUCGCAACUUUGACGGCUUUGGCUCUUGGUAUCUACACCGCUAAGGUGUCCACUAAUGUUGCGGGCAGAUACAUCGAAGCACGUAUGGGCAAACCUUCUCUGGUUCGUGAGACGUCGCGUCGCUCAGCCGUACAGGUAGUGGCCAACCCCAUUCCGUCCAUUAAGCGUGCUUUGCGUCUUCAGAAAGCAACAGAUGCCCUCGAGGGAGUCGUACUUGAGCCCAAAUUAAAUGAACGCCUGCGCAGCGUGGCUCUGUCCACGUUUCACACAAAAGCUAAUCGGGCACCCUUUCGCCACUUGCUGCUGCACGGCCCCCCCGGUACAGGAAAAACACUUUUUGCAAAGGCAUUGGCCCGUCACUCUGGCCUCGAGUACGCCAUUCUCACGGGUGGUGACGUUGCUCCGCUUGGUCGCGCAGGUGUGACGGAAAUUCAUAAGCUUUUUGAUUGGGCGUCGCAAAGUCGUCGGGGUUUGCUUCUUUUCGUUGACGAGGCUGAUGCGUUCCUCCAAAAACGCAGCAACACCGUCAUGAGCGAAGAUAUGCGUAAUGCACUUAAUGCGUUUCUUUAUCGCACGGGCGAGGCUAGUGACAAGUUUAUGAUCGUGUUCGCAAGUAAUCAGCCAGAGCAAUUUGACUGGGCCAUCAACGAUCGUAUAGAUGAAAUUGUAGAAUUUCGACUGCCUGGUUAUGAUGAGCGUGUGCGCAUGCUCAAACAGUAUUUCGACGAAUACAUACGUGAACCAAAAAAUUCUCGUGCUAAAAAGAUUUACGUGGAAGAUGUCCAGGACUCGGAUUUCGAAGAUCUGGCGGCGCGUAUCGACGGUUUCUCUGGGCGUGAAGUCUCGAAGCUUGUUAUCGCAUUUCAAGCAGCAGCAUAUGGCUCGCCAACAUCUGUGUUCGACAGAGAAAUGAUGAUGGAGGUUCUGGAUCACCACAUCACGGCUCACAAGCAAAAGGAGGCAUGGAAACAAUAUGUUAGCCCAGGCGAGAAGCGCCUUAGCGCCAAAACGAUGUUGGUGGACUAG